CGACUCUGUUGAAAGUGAAGUGAAGGGCUCCACCAGAUUCACAGAAGUUCAGAGAAGCUCUGCAGACUUUCUUGUAGCUCCUCUUUCUCUCCAUCCCGAGACCUGAUUGCAGACUUUAACUUUUUGCCCCUUCCCUUUUUCACCGAGUCAAGCCUGGUUUGGCUGCCCUGUCCAUCUGCUUCUCUCAGUAGCAGGGAAGGAGGGAAAGCGGAGAGCUAGCCAGCCGGAAUGCAGCGCCUGCUGGGGGAGAAGGUGAUGGCGGCGGAGAGCAGAAACGGCAGCUCAGCUUUAACCCCCACCGAGGGCAAAGACAACAGCCAGAGGAAGGUGCUCAUCUUCCUGGACCUCUUCUGUCUCUUCCUUGCUGGUCUGCCGUUCCUGAUCAUCGAGUCCAGCGCUGUCCGGCCUUAUCGCCGCGGCUUCUACUGCAGUGACGAGUCCAUAAAGUACCCCGCCAAAAACCGAGAGACUAUCAGUGAUGGGGUUUUAUCGGCCGCGGGUACGCUCAUCGUGGUGCUCUCUAUCACCAUAGGCGAGAGCUACAGGAUCCAUUACCUCCACGAGGGCUCCAAUGCAUUUGUGAGGAACCCCUACCUGUCAGCCCUCUACAAGCAGGUGGGGGUGUUCAUCUUCGGCUGCGCGGUCAGCCAGUCCUUCACGGACAUCGCCAAAGUGUCCGUGGGCCGCUUGAGGCCUCACUUCCUGGACGUGUGCAGGCCCGACUUCUCCAUGAUCAACUGUUCCCUUGGUUACAUCACCGACUACAUGUGCACAGGAGACGACGGCAGGGUUCAGGAAGCCAGGAAGUCCUUCUUCUCAGGCCAUGCCUCUUUCUCCAUGUACACUAUGCUCUACUUGGCUUUCUAUCUGCAGUCGAGGUUCACCUGGGAGGGAGCCCGGCUCCUGAGGCCACUGGUGCAGUUUACUCUCCUCAUGAUGGCCUUCUACACUGGCCUGUCACGCGUCUCCGACCACAAGCACCACCCAACUGACGUACUGGCGGGAUUCGCACAGGGAGCCCUGGUGGCUUAUUGCAUAGUGUUCUACGUCUCAGACCUCUUCAAGUCAAAGGACAGAGGUGCUUCCAUCACAUCGACUCCCAUCAAGAAAGACCUUUUACCACCUGUAGAACGGAACAACCACCUCACUCUAGCGUGAUGCUAACGCUAGCACUAGCCUAGUAUACUCUGAAAGGUCCAGCUGACAUGGACUGGGGCAGCUUUAACCGUCAGUGGGCUAGCUAAGGCUUGUUGGGUUUGCCCAUCAGCAGACUAGCUUAAACUGGACAGACCUAAACCACAUGCAAGGCUUAUUGUGCCAAACCCAGGCCUGAUUUCAGGCCUGCAUGAAAGUACACUGCUUACAUUGUAACUGGAGAGUGACGAGUUCCACCACUUCCAGAUGGAGAACCAGUGUCUCUUACUUAAAAUCUUAGAUUCACCACCUCAAAUGGACAAUUUCUGGUAACUGAGACACCAGACGAGCUCUUGGAGGCAUCAUCACAUAUCGUAAGUCUGUAUCCUUUCCUUAAGUGAGACAACAAAUUCCUAGCCCAGAGGAAGGAUUUUUAAUUAGAUUCUGAGUAUUUUGAGAGUAUAGCACAUUUUACAGGACUUAAAAUGUUAGUGGUAUAAGUUUAUAGGAUUGUACGAGGCCCUUUAUUUUACAAUAGGUGCCCAUUUGUUAGUGUUAAAGGACAAACCCAAAAUGCAAACAGUGGCUAACAGCAUAUUUGCAUUUAGAGGCCAGUUUUUUUAUAUAUUUUUAGCAUAAUGCUAACUAGCUACGAUGGUGUUUUAGGGCCACUGUCAAAAUAAAAAUAAUAGACUUAAUAGUAAAAAUAAUACUUAAAGUACUAUGACGUUGUAUUAUUACAAUAAAAUCAUUAUCUUUCAAAAAUAAAGUUGUAAUAUUUUGAUAAUGCAGUCGUAAAGUUACAAGAAUGAACAUGACAUAUUUGGAGGAUAAAGUGGGCUAAUUGUAGGGGGGCUGCCAUAAUGGGUUGGGGUCUCGGUUGCUGUACUGGCGAGGACGGAGAUGCCAAGCGCGCCGAGUUCUUCUCACUCGUUCAGGAUCGAUCAUUUCGAUCGUCAUUCUUACUGUCUGUGGAACUUCAUGCCCUCUUCAAACGGCAGGGAGAUGUGGUCACUGAUAGCCGUGUAGACGACCCCACCUCUGAUUCUCCUAAAUCAAAACAGACGGACCGCUUCCUCGGAGUCCGUCUGGCUCUUUAUUCUAGAUAAACGGUCUCCUGCUCAGCCGUUUCUUAUACUAAUAACACUCUGGUGCUGAUGUGCAGGACAGGCAGGGAGACUGAGCAUCUCUUAAUGCCGUGAAAUCGGUACAAACGUUUAACUCUACACCCCUCGUUUUAACUACCUUCCUUUCGCAAACCCUUUGGUUACAAUACUGCAGCUUUUCCUGGUAAAAUCCACUUUAAUAUCCUAAUUCUAUGACUUUAUUAUCGAAAUAUUAUGACUUUAUUCUCAAAAUAUUGUGACUUUAUUCUCAAAGUCUACUAUUUUAAAUUUUUUUAAGAGUGACCCCAAAACGCCAUCGUAACUAGCCCAUGCUGGCUUUGGUGCUGUCAGCAAUGCAAGUGUUUUGAGCAAAAUACUCCCCUAACAGUGUUUAAUUCGCUUGCAAGUUCUCUGACGCAGGCUGGGAGUCGAAUGGAGAGGGGCCUCUAUCUGCUGGUUUAAGAUGAGUCCCUGCUAUAAUUGUGUUUUAAGCUAGAUCAGCUCUGAAUGUGUGAGUUUGUCUCUGUGAUGGACGGGUGUGUGUGUAUGUGUGUGUCUGUGAUACUGACAAUAAAACUGUAAGUGUAUGAGAGACCACUAUAAAUGUGUCUCAGUGGAAACGUUUGUAUUCCAGGGCUGGGAACCUAUGUUUCGUUUUUAAGUAUAUUUUUGUGUAAUGAAAACAGACUGUGGAUCUUAAACUGUAUUCUGAUACCACUUGAUAAAUAAAGAUGCAUUACAACAUCA